CGGCUUAACGGAACAUAUUGUAAAUGCCCGCUGAAUUUGAGUUUCUUAUUUCGAAACCAGUGUUAAACAUCGAGCAGCACAAUACGUGUUACUUAAACACCCUGUGCCAUUUUCAUUAUAUUUAGCCGUUACUGUUUUGUGGCGGGUUGAGAUAAGCGCAUCCCCUAGAGAAAAUAAAUAAACCAAAGGAAAAAUGAAUCUUGUAACACGGAAGCCAUUUUUCCAUGCCGGCCCAACACGUGGACUAGACAACAGGAAGUUUACGUAACUACAAACAUGCUCUUAGCAACAGCCCUGGCUGGCAAAAAACACAGUAAAAGUUUCUUUUUUAAUCAAUCGCUUCUUUGAAAUACGUACCGUGCCGAUGCCGCUAGAGGUGUGGAAGAAGAGGGCCCUGGCCACAGUGCACGAGGCGGUGAAGGCAGGAGAUGUGAACCAGCUGGCAAUGAUGGUGAAGAACGGAGCCAGCGUUAAUGAAGUGGACCUGGAGCACAAAUUCAGCCCUCUCCACUGGGCUUCACUUACAGGGAGUCUAGAGUGCCUGCACUGGCUGCUGUGGCAUGGUGCUGAUACAUCAGAUACCACUCCUCAGGGCUGGACACCUGCCCAUUUAGCUGCAAUGAGGGGCCGAGACGCUUGCAUGCAGGCCCUGAUUACGAAUGGUGCCAUUGUGUCGUCCCGAGAUGACAGAGGCUGCAGUGCAGUGCACCUGGCUGCUGCUCAUGGACAUUCGCAGACCCUGCAGAAUAUCCUGCGCAGCGGAGCGGAUUGCAACAGUGCUGAUAUGAAUGACUGGAGGCCAGCACACUAUGCUGCUUUCCAUGGAAGACUAGGCUGUUUGCAGUUUCUUCUUAAAUGGGGAGCCAGUGUGGAUGAUGUUGAUAACAAUGGAAACACACCAGCUCACUUAGCGGCGUCGGAAGGACAUCUGCAUUGUCUGAAAUUCCUGGUUUCCCAGGGUGUAAGUUUAACUCAUACGCUGGGAGCCAGAAAUGACCAAGGAGAAACACCCAAAGAUCUAGCUAAGAGGUUCUACAAGCAGGCAGUGCAACAGUACAUCGAUGCUGUGGAAAAUGAAAGGGACUUCCCAGGAGAGCAGGAAGACUUGGCAUUCCCGGCACAUGUUGCGGCACUCCGAGGGGACCUGGACACCCUGCGGACGCUGGUGGAAUCCGGAAUUAUAAACCUCAAUGAGCGAGACAACAAGGGGUGCACUCCCCUACACAAAGCGGCUGGUCAGGGCCAUCUGAACUGCUUGCAGUGGCUUCUAGAGAUGGGUGCUGAUUACAAUAUCACAAACGAUGCAAGUGAAACGCCAAAAGACAUUGCAAAGAGGUUUGCUCAGCUGGCAGCAGUGAAGCUCCUGGGAGGGGAGACUCUAAGUGAAGACUCGGAUGAAGAGCUGAACAGCACGGAUCCCUCGUUUUUUGACAGACAUGGUGUUGAAGGAAGCACAGACACCUUCGAAGACGUAAACUUAAGCACCACUCAGAAGAAGGAAGGCAGAAUGCGAGCAUACAGAAAGAUUGAGGAAUUUGAACGUCUGCUGGAAAUAGCAAAAAGUAACUACAGGCAGCUGGGGGGAAUACUUGAGGAAGACAGAAGCAAAAGGAAAGAAGAAAAACAAGCAGAAAGAACUAUUGAGGAGCUGAAGGCCCAGCUGGAAUACGAGCGAGUCCGCAGGGAGAAGCUGGAAUGCCAGCUGGAUGACUACAGGGCAGAGAUAGGGCACCUCAACAAGUGCCUGCAUGACGUCCAAGCAACAGCAGAAGAAAAGUCUCUGGAACCAAUUAAAGAGAAAAAGAAAUUAAAGAAACCCAGGAAGAAUGAAGCAGGAGGGGUGUUAGUGAGAAGAAUCCCAGAAAAGUAAUUGUUUGACCUAAUGCAACAAUGA